AUAACAUUAUCUAUAAUUUCUUUAACCCUGAUAAUCUUGAUCAUAAUAAUAAUAAUAAUAAUAAACUUAUAGAUAAAAAUUUUGAUACAAACUCAAUGAAAAUUUUAUUCAAAAAUAAAAAUAUUUUAUUAAUGAAAUUAAUAUAUUGCCAAAUUGAUGAAAUUAAUCAAAAAAUCGCUCAUCAAAAGAAGCUCGAUCAAGAAAAAUACGAAAAAAUGUUAGCCGCAAGAAAAGCUGCUAAACAAAAAAAAUUAAACUCUCAAAAUGCUAUCAGCAAAAUAAAUGAACUUAAUAAUAUCAAUAACCAAAGUUAUUUUAAAAGAUUUAUUAAAAUAACUAAAAAAGUUUUGUCAAAAAAUAAAAACAAAAACCUUAUUAAAAUUUCUAUUGCAAUUGGAAUUUUUGCUGUUCUAUUAAACUUAUACUUUAACCAAAAAUCUAACAUUUCCAAAAAUUUUCCUUUUUUUAAUUCAUUUAAACCAAUCCAAAAUACUGCAACUUUUAAAUUUAAUCAAAUUGGAAUUAGUACUGGUGUGCUUAAAAAUGAUUUAAAAGAUUGUUUUUCAGAUUCAAUGAAUUAUAUUUCAAAUAUCUUCUUUAUGGGAAACAAUUAAAAAAGAUUUAUCCAGUUCUUUUCCACUUUUUAUCACGUCUUUUGUUUAAUUUAUUUAGUGAUGUCUUUUGUUUUUCUUUAAAAACUAGAGUUUUUUCUCUAGUAAUCUAAAAUAGUAAGUUUUGUUUUCAAUUCACCGCUUUUAUUUUCAAUGUUAUUAUGGUGCUCCUUUUUUUU